UUUCCUUCCUCUGUGAUAAGUCUUUCUUUUAAGGCUGUUUGCGAGGAUUCAUCGCGAGUGGAGAAAUCGAUUCCGCCAUUUGCGCAGCAAGAUCAACAGCAAUUUGUGUUCCGCUGCUUUGCCGCCGCUGAUGUUCCUCCAUUUCUCUGCUUGGUGCCUUUGCCGCUGUCCCUCACUCUUCCAAAGGGGAGAAGGUGGAGUGAUGGACUUCACCAAGCAGUUGAAGCAAAGGAAGGGCUACCAAUUCAAAAUGAAACAGUUACACUGGCUUCCAUUAGUUAUCAGAAUUUCUUUCUGCAGUUUCCUAAGCGUUGUGGUAUGACUGGUACAUCAGCAACAAAAAGCACAGAAUUUGAGAGCAUUUACAAGCUUAAAGUUACAAUCGUUCCAACAAAUAAACCUAUGAUAAGAAAGGAUGAAUCUAAUGUAGUUUUUAGGGCAACUAGUGUGAAAUGGCGAGCAGUUGUAGUAGAAAUCUCUAGAAUGCAUAAAACUGGUCGUCCAGUACUUGUUGGCACGACCAGUAUGGAGCAGAGCGAUUCUUUGUCAGAGCAAUUGAAAGAAGCUGGAAUUCCACAUGAGGUUCUUAAUGCAAAACCAGAAAAUGUUGAGAGAGAAGCAGAGAUUGUAGCUCAGAGUGGUCGGCUUGGGGCCGUGACAAUUGCUACCAACAUGGCUGGUCGUGGGACAGAUAUAAUUCUUGGCGGUAGUGCUGAAUUUAUGGCAAGAUUAAAGCUUCGUGAGAUACUGAUGCCUAGGUAUUUUCUAUUUCUAAAUGAGAGAAGAAUUAGUUUAGUGGAAUGGCUUAGGGUCUUUAGGUGGAAGGUUGUCGUCCUCUGUGUCUUCUCUUGGAAAUGCAAACCAAACAAGUCCCUAAUUUCUCUUGGAAUAUUUAGUUGCUAGACCAAAUGCUUAGUAAAAACUCUGAUGAUUUCUGGGAUGUUAUAAUAUGAAAGUGAAUUUUUUAUGAUUGUUGUAGCUGAAUAAAACCUGUGAUUCUAAUACAUAGCUAUAAGUUAUAUGAAAAAUUCAGGGGAUAGGUUAGCUGGUUAGGCAUAUGGGUUAGCAAUUCACUAACUACUGCCUUUUUUAUCCCAUAUUUUUGGAAGGGAAACUACCAUGGUAAAAUUUCUAGUUUAGCAUUUAUUCUACUUUAUUUUUAU